AUGUCAGGACAUCACCGCAUCACCCUUGCCGCCAAUCCCCCCUACUUCGAUGGCGACAAGUCCAAGUACCUGGGCUUUGUGGAUGCGUGCACCACUUACAUCGGUGCCUAUCGGUCAGAGUUCUCGCUGGACGAGACGAAAAUCCUCUUCGUCCUGUCCUACCUCCGCAAUGAGAGCGGCACAAGCUGCGCCGCCUCAAGAUGGGCGAUGAACUGGAAGCAGCACAAUUUCGAGGGCUUCCAAGGACUAAAGGCGGGAGUCACCGCGACAAGCUUCCUGGAGGAGCUUCAGAGGGCCUUUGGGGAUUCUAACGCAGAGCAAGUCGCUGCCGCCCGACUCAUGGCCCUUCGCCAGGGCAGACGGUCCUUUGCGGACUACAUCUCCGACUUCGAAAUGCUGGCUGCAGACGCGGGGUACAACGUGGUCACCUCCACCGACAGCAAGGGCGAGUACAAGAAGGGGGAACAGGACAAUAUCCUCAUCGAGUUCCUGGAGCGCGGACUCAGCAGCGAAAUUGCAAGCCGCCUCUACAACACUGGUGUCCCCCUGCCCAAGGCAUAUGGUGCCUUCAAGAACUGGUGUGUCAACAUCGAGGCGAACGCUCUACGCGAUCAGCUGCGCAAAGCAUCGCAUGCGCAAUCCGCACCACGACCGCCUCCCCAAUUCCGCCCGCAGACAGCCCCAAUGACACCUGCACCCGCCCCGGCCCGACCCGCUGCCAACGAACCAGUUCCGAUGGAAAUCGAUCGCACCCACGCCCGCGGCCGCAAUAUCAUCUGCUACAACUGUCAGCAGCCUGGGCACAUUGCGCGGAACUGUCCGGAGCCAAGGAAGAAGCGCACAUUCUUCAAUUGGGCCACGAUGCUGGAAGAGAUCGAGAACGGGGACAAGGACAACGAGUUCCUCAAGGAGAUCGCUGAGAAGCUGCGCGAGAAGGGUUUUUGA